AUGGCCGCUCUAUUCGGCGUAUCCUCAACUCCUAGUGCCGCCUUCGGAAUCCGUACGAUUCCAUCGAGAAGAACCAGCUACGCCACGAGAAUCUCCUGCGUCGCAUGGGAUCCGGAGGGAUUAUUAGGGGCACAGAAGACUACGGGACACUUAGCUCGCCUCGAGUUCAAGAGACGACUUGAGAAGGACGCCGACGCUCGCGAGGCGUUUGAGAACCAUGUCCGCGAAGAGAAAGAGCGUCGCCGAGCACUUCGCGAAUCUCGGGCAAUACCUGAUACUGCGGCGGAACUGAUAGAGUACUUCCUCGACACUGAAGCUCAGGAAAUCGAGUUCGAAAUUGCCAGACUUAGGCCCAGACUGAACGAUGACUUUUUUGGACAUCUGCAAUUUGAACUUGGACAGCUUCGUUUUGCUGUUUCAAAGACUGAGGACAUGGAGGACAGAGUGGUUGAAUUGGAAACCUUACAGAAGGCACUGAAGGAAGGAAUAGAAGCAUAUGAUCGGAUGCAAGGCGAGCUUGUAACAGCGAGGAAAAGCUUAACCACAAUCUUGACAUCCAAGGACAUUAAAGCCACGCUAUUGGAUAUGGUUGAAAAGAAUGAACUCAAUAGAUCCUUAUUGACACUUCUGGAUGAAAACAUUUCAAGUGCCCAAAAAGGCAAUCAGAAAGAAGCAGCUGAUUUCAUGGAAAAAAUCCGUGGGGCUGUUCUAAAGUACGUGACUGUGUAA